AGCGCGGAGCGGCCGAGACUACCUUGCAGGGCUGUUGUGAGGGAAAGCAUGGACGGCGCCGCGAGGGGUUGUGUGUGUCGUGGGGGGCGGAAGGACAAGUGCCAUGAUGAUUUCUCCCUCCGUGUUGUACAGUGCCGGGCACUUUGGAAAGUCGUGGUGGGAUGGAGGGUCAGAAGGGUGCUGCCUGGAAGGGGUCCUUAGCAGAGACCGGUACCUUUUUCAUAAGUCAGAAAAAUGGAUUAUGAUGCUUCUGGCUGAAGCCUUUUUGGGGAUUUAGUGGGCCACUGUCAAGCCUAAACAAGCUUUAAUUAUUUAUGCAUUUAAGUUCUCUACCGCCCAUUAGCCAGAGCAGGUUUAUGUAGCCAAGGUCAGGAAAGAAUACUUGGGGGGGUGGAUAGCGUCAAGAGAGAUUGUCAGGCUAUAACCUGUCAAGCUAAAUCAUUUUUAAAAGCGGGUGGAGGAGAAAUUGUGCAUUAAUUAGGUAGUGCAGGAGGCUGCCGAAAGCAAGACUUGGGGCACAAUUUUCUGCAUGUUUAGACAGAAAAUAGCUCUGGCUGGCUGAGGAAUGCCAUAAGUUGUUUGACUUCUUCUCAGUCUAAAUAUGCAAAGGAUUUCCUCCCUUCAGAAGUGUGAAACUAGCAGUAAUUGAGCAGCAGGGAUUCUUUGAAGCAUAAUCUUCUUAUUUCUCAUCACAUGUUUUAGUUCAUUUGUAUAUUUUAGAAUUAUUGAGCUCGAAGGAGCCUCAAAACUCACUUAAUCCAACCCCUUGCUAAAGCAGGAAAUAUUGUUCUGCUGAACUCUUCUGGAUGCUUUUCUGAAAGAUGACACACUUUUUUUAAAAGAUUUUUUUGUGGAUGAGGGGGUAUGAAAACCAAGCAGUUGAUGGGAAAUUUAGCGAGCUCAGGAUGGAACAAGCUUGCUUAAAAUGAAACAACAGGCCUUGCUUUGGGGUAGAGAUUAGGUUUGUUCUAGCUGAGGUAUGUACAGAAAGCCAGUUUGAUUAAAGAGGCAUUCCUCGAGCAUACCUGAACUGGUGCUCAAUGACUGAUGCUUUGGGAGAAGGGCAGGAACUGGUCUGGUGCCUGUAAUGAGCCAGUGAUUCUGGGCAGAAUUUAACAGAGCACUUAUGAUUCUCCCUAUUCUCUUACCAUCUACCAUUCCUUUCUACAAGUGAUAAUGUCCUGCUGGUUCUGCUAUGCAAGUGGAGAUUCAGUGAUUUCUAGAGGGAGCGCCUAAAUGAGCCGAAACACACAUUCCUCAAAGGAGACAGCUCAGUGGAGCAUUGCUGUGUGAGCUUGACUCACCUGCCCAAGUCUAGAAAUGAGUGUUUCUGCUCAUGUUGGUCCCAGAGCCUCUAAAUCUACUCUGUGCGAGUGGCAGAGGGGGCCUUGCCCACUGAUAUAGGCAGUCAGCUGGGCUGUGGACUCCUUGCUGGAUUCUGCCAAACUGGUUUGUCACAUUUUUCAUUGAACUCAGUUAUUCCCUGCCUUUUUCCCCUCUUGCAAGGAGCCUGAGGCAACUUACUUAGUUCUCCUCCACUCCAUUGUUAUCCUCAGGUAGGUUGAGCUGAGAAGGGGUGACGGCCCAGUGUCACCCAGUGAAUUUCAUGGCCAAGUGGAGACUAGGGCCCAGGUCCCCAGUCCAGCACUUCGACCGCCCUGCUUCACUGGCUCUCAUACAGACCUGAACUUGUAGGACUUGGGGAUGUUUCAAGGUCUAAAAGGGCUAGAUGGUGAAGCUGAUGGGAAAGGCAUGUUAAUAUUAAAUAUGAGGUUGCAAACACCUGAGGUUCAUAAGGAAGGUUUGUGGUUGGAAGGGUACUUUGGAACGUGGCUGAAGUCUUAUGCAACUUAGUACAUUCUUUAUCUUAUAAGCUUAGAUAUGGAUGCAGCCUUUUGCCUGCUUCAUAGACAUUACAAUGUGGACAUUGUAAGGGUCAAAGAGAGGGUUAUGUGUCCUGUUUGGAGAACAUGUCCGUAAAGGUAGCGGUUUCCUUUUCCCAAGAGAUAAAAAAGUCCACCCUUCACAGACCCCUAUGGUUUAUGUCCUUGAACUCUAAAGCAAUGAGUCAGUGGAGCCAGUAGCUAUCAGUCAGAAAACCUGGAACACUCAACACGUGCCUGCUAUUAUAUUUAAGAGAAGACAGUCCCUUGCAAACUGGGCAGGUUAUUGAGGUCUUUCUCAGCGAACCGUCUCUUGGUCCUGCCUGCUCAAAUAAGGAUGCUGGUGGUCCAUGACAGGGCCUUCUCAGGAGUGGCGCCUCGGCUCUGGAGAGCUCUUUCUGGAACGGCUUGCUGGGGCUGACAUCUUUGCAGGACUCGAUGAAGACCUUCACACUGGCUUUGACUCUUUUACUCAUAGAACCCUGUUUUAAGCUGCCUCUGUGUGUCUCUCCACUGUUUAUGCUAUUUUAUAUUGUGUUCGUAUAUAUUGUAUUUUAAUUUAGCCACAUUUAGGAUUCAAACAUUUAGGAUAUGGGUGUUGAGACAGGAGAAGGUUUUGCAAACGCCCAGCAUUCUUCAGCUGGCAUGGAAGCCAUAGGAUGAUUUCCCUGUUAAAGAUCCCUAGGGUUCCACUGUCCAAGGUUUUGUCUGAAGAAUGGCAUUAUGAAAUAGGUUGAAUAAAUAACGUUUAUUUCCAGGCUGCCCCCAUGAAUUCUCCUGUGGAGGAUGUCCAUGAUCCUCUUUGCCUGCGUGGUGCGGGUGAGGGAUGGACUUCCGCUCUCGGCCUCCACAGACUUCCACCUAGACCAGGACUUCUUGGAAUGCAGGAAGAAACUCAAGGCCUUGUCAUCCAUUCUCACGUGUUACCCAGAUCGCGGGACAGCGAACGAACGUGACCUCCGGAUACACUUCCAUUCUUCUGGGGACGUUGCCUGCAUGGGCAUCUGUAACAGCAGCUACCCAGCCGUCAUGGCGUUCUGCUUUCUGGAUGAGCUGCAGUGGGAAUUUGCCACUUCCUAUGAUGCCGCAAGCGUGGGCCUGGCUUCCAGACCAUAUGCUUUUCUUGAAUUUGACAAUGUCAUCCAGAAAGUGAAAAGCCGUUUCAAUUACACUAGUGAUGCUCAGACAAAAUUCAACUUGGAAAAAAUCAGAGAAGAGCUUCGCUUGCAUCCUCCUGCCCUUGUGAAAUUGGAAGAGCUGGAGAUGAGGAACGGGAUGGUAAACGGCCACGCAGAGCUCCACGUUGAGCCUGCCCCGGCAUACAGAAUGCAACCUGUGUCAGCCUUGGGAAUCUUAUCUCUCGUCCUCAACAUCAUGUGUGGAGCUUUGAAUCUCAUCCGAGGCGUCCACCUUGCAGAGUAUUCGUUUCAGUGCUACCUUUACCUGUUCUACAGCUCAGCCAGGAAGAUAAAGGUCUUUGUCCUUUUUGUCACAGUCUGUCUCUGCAACUUCUACUUGUAUGGAUUAAGGAACGUCUGGCAGAUACUUUUCCACAUAGGGGUGGCUUGUCUCUCUUCCCACCAGAUACUGUCGCGACAAGUUGUGGAGAAGCAUUCAGACUUUGGAGGAGUAUGAAAAGAGAACUACCCAUGGAAUUCCAGAUGUGGCAUUUCAGAAUUCCAGAGGUGCUGUUUCUGGUUUGGCAGGGUGCGUGUGUUGAAAGCUGGUCCGAACCAGGUUGCACAAUAUAGCGGGUUUUAAGCCGUGGCUGCCCCAGGCGAAUGGGUCUUGGCAUCGAGCGGUUCUAGAUUGCAGGCAGACUCUUCUGCACACCUGUUCUGUACAGGUUAAUGUGCAUAAUCCAGAGGAGAAUUUGAGCAUCACCUCUGGCGACCUCCUCGUAGGUACCUGCUGUGGGCUGAUCUUGCCUUUUAGUAGACGGGUUGGUUGUAGCUGUACUUGACGGGGGACAAACAGUGGACCAGCGAUGGAACAGGAGCCUGAUCUGGCCCUGAUGCUCCGCAAGCACGAACCGGGUUGCAGUCGGCUAUGGACUCCAUCCUGCCACAGGAGGCGACCAGACAAGGCCCUGCCCAGCGCAAUGGGCCUUGCGGUGCGCGCAGGGGGAAGCCUGUGAGGUGAACCCCCUACAGCCGUGUUCUGAUUGGUCAGGCAUCUGCUCACCCCCCCGCCAGCACACUGCUGUGGGCACCUUUUAGGCUCCUGCAAGUCGAAUGCCCAGGUUUUCGUGGCUGAAAAAUCCAUGUUUUCAUGGGAAAGGAGGAUUUAAGUGAUAGGCAGUGGGCAACUGAUGCGUGCACGAGUUCUUGAACGACGGGGCCCACUGCGUGCUUUAAGCGUAAUAGUAAUGAGGAAGUUGUGGACAAAUGGGUAGCAGAAGAGUGGGUGGAAAAGGCGAGGAUAAUAGCCCUGUGAAUGCCGGGUGGGGGCCUAUCCUGGAGCAUCCUGGUGAACGGUGCUUGUACACAACCGUCCUCAGCCUUCGUCACCGGCCUGUGAGUGCGUGAGAAGGCCUUGGAAUUGCACGGAAGGGUUCCAGGUUCGCACACCAAGUGAUGCUUCCUGCACUUGGUGUGCGAGGCUUGUGCCUGCUUUCCCCACACGCCGCUGGCGUGUGAGCGGACAGGUGGGGGAGCAUGCCGGGCAGAAGGCGGAGUGGUGGUCUUGCAGGUGGACUUCCUUUCUGUAAGAUACGUCUUUCAGUUUAACGGGGCAGCUUUAAAGAGGGGCUCAGGUGCGCACUGCCAACAGCCAGACUAGUUUGUGGUGGCGACUGUAACCAGCGCAUCCCUCAAGAUUAAGCCUUUCUCUUGGCAAACAAGAAUUUCGUUCUUCAUGGUACUUCUGGCAAGGCUUGGGGAGCUGGGAUGGGUUUCAUUCCCAGCCGCUACUACUGGCCCAUUGCGAUUGCUCCCUUAUUGUCCACUGUUCCCAGACAAGCGGAAUGUUUUUUCUUUUGCUUAAAAAAUGGUCAGAUUGGGUUCUUAGAGCAGAAUAUUUCAGAAUUAGGCACCUGCUCAGUGGCCUCCUUGAAUCCGAUUUAUUAAGCAGGCUUAUGAAAGUUUCGUUCCUUUUCCUCGGAUCGUUGCCUUCCAUGUUACAGCCUGGCCAAGUAAAAAGAUUCCUCCUGCCCUCCUUUGGCCUGGUCUGUCUUUGCCCUGCAGUUGCUGCUUGUUUGCAAACCAGAUGCGCUCUCCUUCCUCGGAAGCAGGUGGCUUGCCACAGGGUUUGGCCAACUUCCUGGACCGCAUCUUUUUGUAUGAUGUGGAAAUACUGAAAUAGGAAUGAGUCUUGCACACGGUGCAGCCCCACGAAGGAAAAUGCCGAAGCCAGCUUCAGCGUUCGACAACAGCAACUUCAGUGCGUUGUGUAAAGCCGCCGUUACCUUGGCCAGCUUUCCCCAAACAUCAUAGCUGUGCCUUCUGCCUUCCCAUACUCUUGAUGGAAAGUGGAAGUACAUGCUUCUUCUGUAUUCAAGUACUCUGUUUCCUACACCCUUGUAGCAUCUUGCAGAACAGCGGUAAGCCCUUCAUCCCUGUGGGACCAUCCUGCAACUGGUUGCUUUUAGGAUCCCCACUCCCAGUCGCUUUGGGUUCACAGAUCCUGCCAUGGCUGGCGACAGUAUCCCAGGCUGCACCUAAGAACUUCCUCACUCCUUUUUCAGCUGCCACAUUCAGGCAAGAAGAUGGGAGAUGGGUGCUUUCCGCUUGGAGAAUGGAGCAGCGGCUUUCUUCAUCAUAGCAGCUCGAUUUCUUUCAGGGUGCCUCUCAGCCUUCCUCAUGGCACAGGGUUUGGGUAUCUCAGAAAGAGCACAAUAGCAGCAUCUGCCAACGGCUCAUAAGCACUGCGCCUCUGCUAAUUUAAGACGUUACACCAAAGACGGAGAAGUGCAGGUGACUAUAUUUGAAAGCGGCUUGCUUCCUCAGCCAGGUAGCUGCACGCGACUUGUGUAAGGCGUGGCUGUUGGCUACUGGAGCCUCCUGCCUCAGUGGAGAGGGUGUGGCACAUGGGAACUGUUUUGGAGGUCCUGUGGAAUUGGCUGUGUGGCUGGAGGCCGUCUGCAGGCUUCUGAAAAGAUUGGCUCCUGACGUGCAGUAUCUCUGGACAAAAGCAGACAGACAAACACACGCAUAGCCGUGGACGCGGUUGCCCUGUAACUCAGAGCAGAGCUGGCUCUCGCUCCCGGGUCACUUCGCCUGCUUGCGGGGUGUUUAAAGUCUCCCAUAGGACGUUAACUUAAGCGCAUGCACUUUUGAAAAUAGUAACUAGAAUUCAUGCUUUUCUCAAACUCUGCUGCUUUUAGGUCCUGACGUCUAAUAUGUGGAAAUAUAUGCCAGCAUUUGCCAUUUGUAGAACCUUUUUAAUAAUAACUUUUGGAACAAGUUUGUCGUGUAAAGUUUUGAUGUAGUUUUCUCAGAGAUCGCGGCAGUGUAAGAUUUAACGGGAGAUUCAUACUUGUGAUAGUCUGGUGGUUAUGUGCAGCCAUAAAACCUGUCAAUCACUUGCCCAUCCUUGUUUCAUAUUAUGCAGGAUUUCUAUCCUAUACUCAGGAUUUCUGUUUUAUUUCUUGGUGAUGGGAGAGAAAUGAGGAUGGAGAAUUAACUUCCUUAGUCUGCAGGCAGUCUGAACCGAGAACUGAGGAAAUGAAUAAUCUUUUAAAAUCUACUGGCAGCUCAUACUGAGAGUUCAUGGUUUAUUAUUUGGCAUCCUCCUUCACGAAAAAGAGCUCAUUCCACCUUCCCACCCUUUUAUGCCAAAAUACUUCCCUCUGUUUUGCCCACUUCCUAAAGCAUACUUGUAGUUUCCGCAUCUCUGUGGUAUAUGGUGCAUCUGUGUCUCCAACUUUUAAGACCUAGGCUCUAGUCCUCAGUAUGCAUCAAGAUGAUUCAGACAUUCAGAAAAAGCACGUGGUACAGUCCUCUUGGAGCUGCAUGUCGAAGUGACCCACUUCACAAGCUCCUCGCGCACAGAACACCCGUGCACCACUUUGCCACCGCUGGAGCUGUCAAAUGCACCAGGUUUUUCUCAAAUUUUGAAAAUAGUUCCAUCCUGGAAAGUAAACGGUCACGGAGAUAAACAGUGAAACUUUCCUGGCAGCGUGUUUUGGUAGCCACUUGGCAACUGCAUCAGUCCCCAUGUGGAGGAAACCACAUGGUCAAGCGUGGAACUGUUUGGAUGACUCUCCCAGUCCUCUUGGGUUACUCUUUCCCAUUUUACAAACGGGACAGUGAGGCAGAGAGAGUGCCUGGGGUGGAGCACCAUUCUCUUUCCCACAUCCAAGGCCCAGGGAUCCUCCAUGGAUGCAUCGCCUUUUCCUGGCAUUACCCCCUCCCUCCAGUCUGGGAGCCUCAUCUUUUCCCUGCUUUUGUCCUGUUUCCAUGCUUCUAAAAAGUUGGAAUGUCUAAAAAGUGGAAAUGCUUCAGAUGAGUGGUUACAAGUAGUGGGAGCUUUGGGCUAAAACGAGCAGCUCUUUGCCUCUCCAAUUAGUUCUGUCCACUGCUGGAAUGGAGAGUUUCACUGAAAUGCCAUUUGGCCCUUGGUCUGAAAAUGAUUCCCACCCCUUCUGUGCGCCACACAAGCCAUUCUUCAGUUCGCUGCUGUUUGUUUUUGCAAAGGAGUGCCAUGUUUGAAACGGCUUUUAAGAAUUUUUUUUAAGGUUGUGUAUUGCGAUCCAGCAGGGGCCUGCCGAGACAAACUUUGAACACGGCGAGAAUGGGGGUCUAGGUGGUUUGAGUCUGUUCUGUGCCAGUUUGGCUAUUAAGUGGGGGAUGCUUCUCCAGACAAAAGAAUUCUCUGUUUACAGAAAAGCAGCAUGUCGGGAGAAGGGUCGCCUGGGCUUGAGCCCGUCUCUGGGAGAGCCUUUGUUUGGUCUGGUGGAAGAACAUUCAGUCUGCAAGCUCCCUCUUCAUGUGGCCUUUGCCAUGUUUUUAUACUGCCCCAUUGGUCAUGUUGGUUAAGCUGAUGGGAAUUGCAGUCUGAACAUCUGGAGGGGCAGGUGUUUGCCUUCCUAGAUUCAGUGCUGGUGCGGUCUUAGAGCAGUGGUGGUAAUUCUCAACCGGUUCUAUGUCAAGCCUCAUCUACCUACCCAUUUACAAUUAUUCUGGUGUUAAUUAAAAGUGGUGGGAGAGCGCUCUCUCCUUUGGUGAAAAUAGGCAGAGAUGUGGGUAUAUUGUGAAGAGAGGAAAUUGCAAGAUUGGUGUGCUUUAAGUGUCCUUUUAGUUUAAAAGAGGAGCAAAUCUUCUUUUCGAAAGACAGCCAUCCUGUUGAAGCUAAGCAGGCCUGGGACUGGUCUGAGGUUGGAGGGGAGACCCCCUUGGGACUGCAUGAAGCCAGCUUGAGAUUUGCAAGGGGAGAAAAAUGGGAUAUAAAUAUAAUAAAGAAACACAAAGUUUUCUGAAUAAAAAUCAAUAAACAUCAAAUUCCAAAUUGUUCACCCUUUAAUUACCAGGGAGACUGGGAUCUUAUAUAAUCCCCAUGUCUUUUUUUAUUUUUAAACCAAAGAAGCUUCACUUGUCUUUGCAUGGGAGAAGAGGAACUGGGUUUUUCUGAAGACGUUUUUGCACUGUAUUAAAAUGACUGAACUUGUGUUACGUCUUUUUUGUUUUUGCAUGAGUGUAUAUAUGUAUAUAACUUCUAGACAACCAGAGUAAAAGAAUAAAUGACAUUUUUGUAUUUA